UUUUAAUAUCGUGCACCUGCUUUGACUCAGUUGAGGAUAAGUAACCACCCAGCCAACUCACGUCACAUUGAGAGACUGGCAGAGGAGCAACACGCACAUCGUCUUUGUCUUGAUCUCGGUUUUUAAAUUGCAGUUUUUCUAGAAUCUACCAGGGAGCAGACGCAGAUUCUUCACGUGGGCGGGUCUUUUCACCAUGGCCCCCAAAAGAGGGAUAAUUUUCCUACUCAUUGUGGCCUGCGCAGUCUCGGCCAAGAGCUUUCAUGUAAUGCCUGGAUCUAAAUCUGACAUCAGAGACACGGCCAAAAAACUGAUGAGCAAAUGCCAGGAUCAGGGACACCCAGUGCCUCAGACGUCACUGAUGUAUACUGUCUUCAAUGUCAGUGAUGACUUGCCUAUAAAGGACAGAACCCAUGGCAAUUCCAACAGCUUGCUGUCUGCUUUUAAAAACAUCCUGGAUUCAGUCAAAGACCCACGUAGUCGAGCCCACUUGGAUGACUCGGAUACAAUGGCAAACAUGAUGUGGAAUUCAAGCAAUCUUCCAUCCAUGAUCCAGAUUAUAAGCAACACCACUGAUGAAUCUGCAUGUUACAUGCAUGCAUUUGUUGCCCCUAUGUGUUGGGAAACCUUGACUACACAGAGUGAAGACAUCAUGGACUCGCAAGACUAUGACAAGCUGCUGUGGGCUGCCAAACCUGCGCUGCAGGAUAUGCCUUCUUCAAAAAUGAAGCUUCCAAAUAAAAUUGGGGGCCAAAAAGUGAAAAAAAUGAUGAAGAUGCUGAAGGAGGUGUAUGAUCCCAUGCCUGAAGACCAAAAGAAAAAGGUGGUAAAAUGGGUAAAAGAGCAGAUAACCCAGAAUUACUUCAACUGUACACUGAGGACAGCAUCUAACUCAAGAUUACACUUGGCGCACUGCAAAUCUUCACUGAAAUGGCUGAACUUGGAAGCUUUGAGCAUGAUGGGACCAUACGUCACUCGUUUAGCACCACAUGAUCUCGAUUCUUCUCCCAAAGAAAAGCUGUGCGACUAUUUUGGCUCUAAGCAGUUCAAAUCUGCCAUGGCAAUGGCCACAAAGAUAAACCCCAGCCUGGCCAAGAGGUUUCUACAAAGAUUUCAGGAGUGUUUCACUGGAGAAGAGUUUGCAGAAAAUGUGGACAAGCUCGGCACACUGGCCUGUCAUACCUAUGAUGUACCAGACUUGACUGCUGUUGCCAGCAGGACUCUCCUCACAGAGCUUGAAAACUGCAGCAGCGAUAACCCAAGAAUCAAAAAGCUGAAGAUGAAGCUUGUCCAUUCUGCGAUGUCAGAUCUGAGCCCUAGUGAAGCAGUAAACAAGCUGGGCAGCAGUGUUACCUUUCUGUCUCCCAAACAACUGUCUGAGAUCCCUAAAGAUGUUCUCAGGAAGGCUCUCCAAAAUCUGGGAUCCAAUGCCCAAUGGACACAAGGCCAGCUGCAGACCUUGGUCAAGAAUCAGCUUGGCGACAAGAAGUGUGCAAAGAUAUCGGGUACGGAACUGAAGACCCUUCAGUCGGUUGCAAGAGGUUUGCCAAGCUGUAUUCUCGAGCAAGUGUCAGCCAGCGAGAUCCUGAAUGACACAGAGGCUCUGAAGAACAUCUCCAAGAGGAUGAAGAAGGGGCAGUUGAAGGCCAUGCUGCAGGGGCUGCGUAGUAGUGCUGAUCCCUCAGAGCUGGUGAAGAAGUUGCAUGGACCUUUGCUUCAGAGCAUUUCUCUAAGCACCCUGUCCACAGUAAACUUCAGCUCUGUGGACCAAGUGGAGGAUAAAAUUUGGAGUCUGGCACAGAAUCUUUUAUAA